AAAAAAACAGAGAGAGAGGAAAAAAUCAUGACUUUGCAGAAGAAAGUGGAAAGAAAUGGAAGAAAAAGGCCGUUUCCUUUUCGUUUUCGCAUAUUCUUUUAUGCAACACAUAACGGAGUCACUCACACUCUCUGAAACUCUGACACUCACACGCCAAACUGAACUUGCUGGGAGCAGCUACUAGGACUGAGAGCGCCUGAGAAAUGAAUCAGCUUCGGAUCCAGAACUUUACUCUCUGAAGAUUCAAAGACUGAACCCUCCUCUGUUUUCCUCUGUUUCUCUCUGAUUGAUGUCCACCGUCUGAUCAUCUGACUUUCCCACUCCCACGCUCACUCUCCGACGCUCGAUCUCAAAUGGGAGCCCGCUGCUCCAGAUUCUCCCUCUGCUGGUUCCACUCCCACCUUAAACCCACCGUCCUCGAAUCCUCCGAACUGGACAAUGGGAGCAAAAGCGACAAAAGCAUAUGGCCGACCUUCACGGAGUACAGCCUCGACCAAAUGAAAGCCGCCACGUCUGGCUUCGCCUCCGACAACAUAGUUUCCGAGCACGGCGAAAAAGCUCCCAACGUUGUCUACAAGGGAAAGCUCGACAACGGCCUGUUAAUCGCCGUCAAGCGAUUCAACAAGCUCGCCUGGCCCGACAAUCGCCAAUUCCUUGAGGAGGCGAGGUCGGUGGGGAGCCUGAGGAGCGAGAGGCUGGCGAAUCUGAUCGGAUGCUGUUGCGAAGGGGAGGAGCGGCUGCUGGUGGCGGAGUUCAUGGCGCACGAGACGCUGGCGAAGCACCUGUUCCACUGGGAGAGCCAGCCGAUGAGGUGGGCUAUGAGGCUGAGGGUGGCGCUGUAUCUGGCUCAAGCUCUCGAUUACUGCAGUGGUAAAGGUCGUGCCUUGUAUCAUGAUCUCAAUGCCUACAGGGUUUUGUUUGAUCAGGAUGGUAAUCCCAGGCUGUCAUGUUUUGGCCUCAUGAAGAAUAGCAGGGAUGGCAAGAGUUACAGUACAAACUUGGCUUUCACUCCUCCUGAGUAUCUCAGGACAGGUAGGGUGACGCAAGAAAGUGUAAUUUACAGCUUCGGAACAUUGUUGCUUGAUCUUCUAAGUGGCAAACAUAUUCCCCCCAGCCAUGCGCUAGAUCUAAUUCGCGGCAGGAAUUUCCUGAUGCUAAUGGAUUCUGCUUUGGAGGGUAAUUUCUCAAAUGAUGACGGAACUGAGUUAGUACGCUUAGCUUCUCGUUGUCUGCAAUAUGAAGCUCGUGAGCGGCCAAAUGCAAAGUCCCUCGUCACUGCUCUCAUGUCACUUCAGAAAGAAACAGAGGUUGCAUCACAUGUUUUGAUGGGUAUUGCACAUGAAAGCGCAUCCUCAACGCAGCCAUUGGCAUUAACACCCUUUGGAGAAGCUUGUUUGAGAAAGGAUCUCACUGCCAUACAUGAAAUAUUGGAAAAGAAUGGAUACAAGGAUGAUGUGGGGAUUGCUAAUGAGCUUUCAUUCCAGCUGUGGACUAAUCAAAUGCAGGAGACUUUGAAUUCUAAGAAGAGUGGAGAUUCUGCUUUUCGAGCCAAAGAUUUUACAACUGCGAUUGAUUCCUAUACACAAUUCAUCGACGGCGGGACCAUGGUAUCACCCACGGUGUAUGCUCGGCGCUGCCUCUCUUACCUGAUAAGUGAAAUGGCACAAGAAGCUCUGGGGGAUGCUAUGCAAGCCCAGGUAGUUUCUCCCGAGUGGCCGACAGCUUUGUACCUUCAAGCAGCUUGCCUCUUCAUCCUUGGCAUGGAUAAUGAUGCACAAGAAACACUCAAAGAUGGCACAAAUUUGGAAGCCAAAAAGAACAAAACUUGAAGUGUAUAGCCUCAUUUUUUUUUUUCCUUCUUUUCCUCUAUACCUCCGUUAACAUCCGGGCGACGCUUUUGCCUCCGUUAACAUCCCGGCGGCGCUUAUAUUAGUAGUCGUUUGUUUAGCCUUGUAUCUAUUCUUUAUUGUUAUGAUUUGGGUAUUUGAAGGCUUUAAGCUUUGCUUGCUUCAAUUCAGGAUUUCUUGGAAGAUUA